AGCAUUCACUCGGCAAUUUAAAUGGGUUUAUUUUUCUCCACAGACUGACCAUGGUUGGGUACAAGCUAGAAGUCACAGGUGUCUUGAAAUCUUCAGGAACAUGCGACCACGUAUACGUCACCUUAUUUGGAACUGAAGGACAGAGUGAGAGAACCGAGUUGGACAACUUUGGAACGGACUUUUCAACUGGGACAACAGGAACCUACACCCUGAGCACCGAUCUGUCUCUGGGGAAACUUCUGCUGUUCAAGGUGGAGAAAGAUCCUUUUUCUUAUCUCCCAGAAGAUGAGUGGUACCUCUCCAAAAUAGUGGUGACGACCCCAGAAGGAGAAGCCAUUCUUUUCCCCUGUCACAGAUGGAUCUCUAGAGGAGAACUGGUGGAGCUCAGAGGAGGGAGAGCCUUGAAGGGAUUUGAGGAGGACCAUCCCCUGUUGAUUGAACACCGUGAAAAAGAGCUGAUGCUUAAAAAGAACUUUUACCAAUGGAAGAUUUGGGCUGAAGGUCUAUCCCACAUCAACCAUUUCAAUAAUGCAGUGGAGCUCCCAGCUGAAAUCCGCUUCUCUGAGUCCAAACUAACUGAAUUUAAAUAUCUGAACAUGAAAAAUGGUACUGAACUGAAGCUCAAGGGACUGCUUGGAUCUGAUAAAAAAUGGGAAACCAUUGAGGACAUUAAAAAUAUAUUCUGUUGGAAGAAGACAACAAUGUCAGAGUAUGUCGCAGAGCACUGGAAGGAAGAUGACUUUUAUGGAUCCCAGUUCCUGAAUGGACCCAAUCCCAAUGUGAUCAAGCGCUGCUCAGAGCUUCCCCCAAACUUUGCAGUCACAGAGGAGAUGGUGAAGCCGUUCCUGGAAGAGGGAAGCUCUCUGCAGGAGGAACUGAAGAAAGGCAAUAUAUUCCUCUCUGACCAGAAGAAGAUGGAUGGAAUACCCCCGAGAGUCUAUAAUGGAGAACCUCUGCACGUGACUGCUGGUCUCUGUUUGUUCUACUUGAACCCAGAAAACAAACUGAGGCCCAUUGCAAUACAGUUACUUCAACAACCUUCUGAGCAGAACCCCAUCUUUCUGCCCAGCGACUCGGAGACUGACUGGCUGCUGGCCAAGAUGUUUAUUAAAAAUGCUGAUUCCAUGGAUCAUCAAGCAGUCCAACACUUCAUGAAAACUCACUUGCUGCCAGAGGUCUAUUCUCUUGCUGCUCUCCGCAGCUUCUCUGUGAUUCAUCCCCUCUAUAAGCUGCUGUUUCCACACUUCCAUUGCACUCUUUCCAUAAACAUUGGAGCCCGCACAACUCUGUUUGGACCUCAUGGGGCUAUGAGUAUAAGUUCACUUGGAGUUGACGGACUGACGGAGCUCAUGAGAAGGGCUCUCUCUGAAACGACCUACAGCUCUCUCUGUCUGCCAGAGGACAUCACUGCACGAGGACUGGAAUCCAUCCCCAACUUCUACUACAGAGACGAUGGCCUGAAGCUGUGGAGCAUCAUCAACAGCUUUGUGAAGGCCGUAGUGGAGUACUACUAUCCCUCAGACAGUGAAGUGUGUAAAGACACUGAGCUGCAGGAAUGGAUCAGUGAGAUAUUCACACAUGGCAUCUUGGGAAACAAAGCCUCAGGGUUUCCAGAGAGCUUUCAUACUGCCGAGGAGCUGACCAAAUUCAUCACCAUGGUGAUCUUCACAGUGACCUGUCAACAUUCUGCAAUAAACAAUGGACAGUUUGACAACUACUCCUGGGUGCCAAGUAUCUCACUCCUGCUGCGCAAGCCUCCUCCAACCACUAAGGGGCAGUCGAGCAUGGAGACACUUUUGGAGACUCUCCCAAAUGUUGGCGAGACAGUUAAAUUUGCAGCACUGUUUUGCCUACUUUCAGAGACGUACUCUGACAUGGUUCCCAUCGGUGCAUACCCCAAAGAGCGAUUCAAUGAGCCUGCUCCAAAGCAGAUGAUUAAGAAAUUUCAAGCAGAGUUGUCCUCCCUCAGUGAAGCAAUUACAACAAGAAACUUGCAGCUUGAAAUACCUUACAGCUACCUGGACCCUGCUCAGAUCGAGAACAGUGUUGCUAUUUAAUUCGAGCUGUAUCAUCUCUCUGCAUGAGGAAACUACAUCAAUACCUUUUUAACACCUGUCUUGCAUGCUUUGUUGUUGGUUAAACUCUGGGAGACGAUACUCUGGCUGUGUCAUGUUAAGUCGGCCUAAGAAGGGGUACCUAUAUCUUUGUGUGAAUUAAGUUUAUGUGGGGCCCUCAGUAACAAUGGACACAAUAUCACAAACUGGACAUUGACCCCCCCAAUAUUUUCAUGUAUUUCUUAUUUUUAUUGAUUGUUAAUUGUUUCAUUCAUUCUCCUGGUAUGUGUGUUUCUGCAAUUGUGUGAAGGGUUAAUGAUGGUUAGGAUGAGUAAAGCUCAUACAGGCACUUAGGUCAGCUCAGGGGUCCUUCAGGAAGAAAGCGAGGGAAAACGCUACGCUAGUAAUUAGCUCGCUAUAGUAUAGACCAGGGGUGCUCAAUACGUCGACCUGCCAGUCGAUCGCGGCGUAGUAUGGUAGAUCGCAUGACAUGAAUAAAAAUUGGCCCGCCCCCCUGUAAUUUUCUCUAUAGCACGUCUUUGUUCUUUUAUUAAACUAAACAGCCGUCUGUUGUUGAUCGUAUCUACACAGCAGCAUGUCAUUUCUGUCUCUACGUGUCGCGUUAACACUUCUCGGCUCCGUCUCGCGCGCCGCAGGCCGAGCUGUGUGUGUGCGUGCAUCAGGACGGAGCAAAAAAAAGUCACUUGCACCCCCCCCCUGUAGGUAGAUCAUUUUGACUUGGUCAUUUCAUAAGUAGCUCGCGUGCUGAAAAAGUGUGAGCACCCCUGAUAUAGACCAACAGCCUGCGGUGGAGUUGCUGAGUGUGAUCUGUUUCUGUGCUUUCAGUUGGUAUAAACAGUUAUGAAACCCG